AUGCUUGGUCAUAGGUCUAUCAAGGUCAAUGGCGCCGACUGCGGCAUAGAAGCCAUCCUUUUGGGAGUCAUCACUUCCAUCGGUGGAUUCCUUUUCGGUUACGAUACUGGGCAGAUUAGUUCUAUGCUCCUCUUCCGCGACUUUAUCAUGCGCUUCGCAACCGGUUACGACGAGACCAAAAACGAAAAGGCCUUUGUGCCUAUCAUCCAAUCGACCAUGGUUAGUCUCAUGAGCAUUGGAAGUCUGAUCGGUGCUCUAUCCGGUGCAUACACAUCUGACUGGUGGGGACGCCGCAAGAGCAUGACCUUCGGAGUCGCCUUGUUCAUUAUUGGUAAUGUCAUUCAGAUCACGGCGAUGCAAUCGUGGGUUCAUAUGAUGAUUGGUCGAUUUGUUGCUGGUCUUGGUGUUGGUAACCUUUCCGUCGGUGUUCCCAUGUUCCAGUCCGAAUGCGCCCCUCGUGAAAUCCGCGGUGCUGUCGUCGCCUCCUACCAACUCAUGAUCACAAUUGGUAUCCUGGUUUCAAACAUAGUAUGUCUCGGUCUGAAGAAGAUUGAUGAGAGCGACGCAUCCUGGAGAAUCGUCAUUGGCCUCGGCAUUGGCUUCUCUCUCCCUCUCGGUAUCGGUAUCCUGGUUGUCCCCGAGUCUCCUCGAUGGCUCGCUUCCAAGGGCGACUGGGAGGGUGCUCAGCUCUCACUCGGACGUCUUCGCGGCAAGAAGAAUGAUCUGCAAGACCCUCUCGUCCAGGACGAUCUGAGAGAGAUGCGAGGCAUCCUUGAGAAGGAGAAGCAGGUCGGCCAGGGCGGCUGGCUCGAGUGCUUCGACCCCAGGAGCUCGGUUCCCAAGCUUGUCUGGCGUACAUUGCUCGGCUUCUUCAUCCACUUCCUUCAGCAGUGGACCGGUGUCAACUACUUCUUCUACUAUGGAGCCACCAUCUUCAAUUCUGCUGGAAUUGAGGACCCUAUCCAGACGCAGCUCAUCUUGGGUGCUGUCAAUGUUGCCACUACCUUCGCUGGUCUCUGGUUCGUCGAGAGAUUUGGACGUCGUUGGCCUCUAUUCAUCGGUGCCAUCUGGCAAGCUGCCUGGCUUUGCGUCUUUGCCUCGAUCGGUACAGCUAUUGACCCUGUGAAUAACAGCACAGUCGGCAUCGUUCUUAUUGUCUGCGCGUGCAUGUUUAUUGCGUCUUUCGCCAGUACCUGGGGUCCCAUGGCUUGGGUCGUCAUAGGAGAGACCUUUCCUCUCCGUACUCGUGCGAAGCAAGCCUCUAUCGCUACUGCCGGUAACUGGCUUGGCAAUUUCAUGAUUGCUUUCCUCUCUCCAAUUGCAGCCGAUGCCAUUAACUAUGCUUUCGGUUUCGUCCUCGUUGCUGCCAACGUAGCCGCCGCUCUUCUCGUCUGGUUCUUCCUCUUCGAAUCUCGAAAACUCACUCUGGAGAAUGUCGAUCUCAUGUAUGGUCAGGAGGGUCUUAAGCCUUGGAACAGUCACAAGUGGGUUCCACCUGGAUACAUCACCCGUGACCAGCGAGAUGAAGCCGUCUUCCGUGGAAAUGACAAGGGUAGAAAUAGCGAGUCUCACUCUGGGGAGGAUUCUCGUGUUGAGCAGAUCGAUGCUUAG